AUGGUUUCUGCACAAUUAUUACAAACUCCUUUCGAAGAUAUGAACAGAAUGCAACUAAUUCUCAAUUCAGUGUUGGUUGUAAUUCUUGUUGCCUUGCUCAUUCAUGUCAUUCGUUUCUUGCAUGUCUAUUUCAAGUUUAGACACAUACCUGGAUAUGUUUCAAUUCUACCACCCAUGCUAGCUAGCAUAUUUGCAGGUGAAAUGUAUGUCGACUAUGGAUACAAAUGUACAUUGAAAGCAUUCUUGGACAAUCCAGAGGCAAACCUUGUUAAAGUUCAAAAUGGUUAUGGUAUUGUGUUUGCUGUGGCCAGAGAUCACGAUUUAAUCAAGGAAAUGCUAGUGAGAAAGUACAAAACAUUUGCUAAGGAUGAAAAGAUGUGGGAACCAUUGGCUCUCUUUGGACACAAUAUUUUGUCUGCAGAUUCAAUGAAUCCAAUUUGGAAAAAACAUAGAACACUUGCUAAUCCAAUAUUUUCGAAUGCAUCACAUUUGAGAAAUGUAUUUAGAGUUACAGUGGAGGAAUUGCCACACAUGAUUGAGUAUCUUAGAAGACAUUAUUCAGUUGACCAAGAGAAUCAAUCUAUUAGAAAUGUUAAUAUUACCCAAGAACUCAAAUCCAUUACCUUGACGGUUAUUAAUAAGGUUGCAUUUGAUUAUGACAUUCAAUUAUUUGACAGACUCCAAGACAUAGUGAGGAAAUGCAUCAGUCAAUUGGACAUUUAUUGA